AUGUUCGAAAAGAUUCUCCAACACCUAGUUCAAUUUUCAGAUGACUUGCAAAACGAAUCUAGACCUACGAUCGACUGUGGGGUAUUAACCCAACUCCAACGCAUUCAUGUUUCGCACGCCAAUGAGCCGAAGUACAGCUCAGACUGGGAUCCAUCUCUUCCUCUUCCAUAUCCAUCCUCUCCACACGAUUCUUUUGAUCCCCUUCUUUUCUCACGCGAUGGAACCCAAUUUACUCUAUGUCAACAAACCGUUGACGCCCAGAUCCAGGAGAUCACUACCUGCCGACCUGUCCAGAUGACAGGAUCCGAUCAUCCAGCUGUGUCCUAUAUCGGCUCGGGACUACUGAGCGCUACGCGGAAUGCGAGUGGAUCGUGCUCAUCCACGGACAAGAGCCUCUCCGGCUCAGUCGGUUCGCCCCCCUUUACCACCAACCGGAGGGGCCCUGGUUUUGGUUCCCAAGCCGCCUCAGCAUGGAAGGCUCAGCAGAUAGCUCAGGAGGAAGCCGCCGAUGAAGCUCAAAAAAGGAUGGCUGACAAAUUGGUAGAUGAGUCUAUCAUCCCUUCACAAGACCCUUCCUCGCGACCUAAGUCGAUCAACGUCUUCGUGGCCAACUUCCCUGCUCAUUGGGGGAAGAGUGAUCUGUGGGAUCUGUUCGAAGGGAUCGCAAUUGCAUCAGUGCAUGUGAUUACGGACAGCGGAAUGGGUGGCGAUGCAAACGCGAGUGGGGGAACGGGUUUCAUCAAUGUGAUUCGACGAGAAGACGCCGAGGCUUUGCUCGGCUUGCUGGACAAGAAGAUCUGGCUGAUCGAAGGAUCCGCUCUCAAGUUCCGGGCUGCGAAUUCUUCAGCACCCACCGAGAUGAUCCAUUCGCAUCCACCCCACAGGAACCGGACCAUCCGACGCCACCCUCACAAAGUCUUGGAUCGAUUACGAUCCGAGCAAAUCACCGGGUACAGACAGGUAGGUGCCUGCGACAGGCACCAAAUCGUGAUCUACAAAUCGGUGUCGGCCGACAAGAUGCCGACGCUGGCUGUUGUGCACGGCAGCAGGCAGCGCAACAAUAACCUUACAUGUGCAACCCCCGAAUCCACCUUCCGACAUCCUCACCAGCCCCGAACGUUGAUCGACGAGCUGAGGACGUAUCUCAGCCGGUCAAACCGGUACAAUAACCACUACACAAACGUCCCUGCUCCUCCCGUCACCCGCUCGGCUUUCGGUUUCACCCAAGCGAGGCCUACCACUCUCAGACAUCCACGCCCUACACCUGCGACUGUUCUUCCGCUAGCUACGAUGUCGACAAAUAUUCCAGCUCCUCGAUCUCUAAGGCUCGCUGGAUUUCUCGAAGUAGGGGGUGCACAAGUCGGCUAUAUACCACAGGCAUCUGGUGUAGCAUCUUGCUACGUCACACCCUACACGGUCUUCCCACGACUACAGCCCAUCAAUGCUCCUGGGUAUAUCCGCACUUCAGGCUACAGAGGCAACGAGGAGAAUUAUCCUGAAUUUUCUUGGAUGCCAAACUGA